AUGUCUACACGUGCCGAACCCCCACCGAGAAGACAGGAAACCCAGGCGACGGAGCCUGCAUCGAGUCCUGCAGCAGAACGGGAAGCGGCGCGGCGCCCGUCAGGGUCGUCAGGGUCGCCGAACUUUGCACGAGCACAGGCAUCAGCAACGGCAUCAGCAUCCGCCUCAGGGCCGACCGCAACAGCAUCAACCCGCCGUGCAAGCCGAAGGGGCGCACCGCGUCGGUUCCGGUGCGACGUCGAGGGCUGCGGCAAGCUAUACACACGUGCAGAGCAUCUUCAGCGCCAUCAACUAAACCACAACCCGCGCGAGAUCUUCGAAUGCAACGAGGAUGGAUGUUCUCACUGCUUUGUGCGCGCCGACCUGUUGGCCCGCCACAAGAACAGACACCACUCCUAUUCCUAUGUACCUAGACACCGCGGCGCAGCCCGUAGCUCUUUUUCUUCUUCCAAUGUAGUUCCACAGCCAGAGUCAGAUGGCCAAGCCUGUGCUGGUGGUUCAGUUCAAUCAAUAGUUUCAACCACCACCACUGCUGGCGCCGAUGCAAAUACACAGCCUUCGCCGCGGGUCCCGCAAGAUGCUGUCCUGAUGACGCCAGAGUCGAGUGUUGGUCAACUUUCAGGUGCUGGCGGUACUAUCCACGCACCACCAGGCUGGUCACCAACUAUGGUAGACGCCAUCAGCACCGCAGCCACUGCCAGCGUCACGGCCACUAGCAAUAACAAUACUAGUAACAACAACAACAACUGCACCGGCAACCCCCACGACCUGCUUCCGCGCAAGACUAUGUUUUAUGGCCACGUACAAGGCCUAGCCGAGCAAGCGGCGGCGCCCGUCAUGCCAUGGGGCUUCCCUCCCGAAGACACACUGAUUCGUGACAAUUUCGCAACUUGGUUGUUUGACACCCAGGGCCACUACAACGAUAUUAACGUCGCAAACGUCCCAUUUCUCGAGGGUGGCCUGGAAUCGCCUUUCAACACAAACAUACCCUACGAUUACGAAUCUCUAACAAGCAGGUCUCAGCUAGAGACGCCUCCACGGCAGACAGAUACUGAAGAGCUGCUAUCCGACUACCGUCGACAGGAAAUACUGCGCUGGUUCAAGGCCUUCCGCGUCAAAUAUCCAAAACUCGAGCCCCUGGUCUCCAACUUGGUGUCGACGGGAAACAAUCCAGAUCACCCACCGGCACUCAACCUUGAGAUGAUGCGCGACUGCCUGCGUGAGUACUGGGAACACGUCUCCUCGCGAUUGCCCAUAAUUCACGAACCUACAUUCUUUUGCAAUCGCUGCUCGAUGCUCUUGCUGCUCGUCAUGAUUGCCCUUGGCGCUGCCUCGCUGCGCAACCGGGAUGCAAGCGGCGCUCUGGCCGAUUAUGGUGGCUUCGCAGAUGUCAUCAUCUGGGGCUUGCGCUGGGAGAUUGUCACGGCCGAGGAGGCUACCCCGCCUGUCAGCCUGGCCGUUGCUCAGGCACUUCUUCUACUCGAGUUCCACGAGAAGAUGUACAGCUCCCGCCGCCUGCACGAACGCGCCCACAUCUAUCACUCUUCUACACUCACCCUUCUCAGGCGCGGAAGCCCGCUAAUUGGGAGAUCAGGGAGCGAGACCCCACCAGAACAGCACCAGUACGGUAGCGGGGCCACCCUCAACAACAACAACAACAACAACAACCAAACCAUGGACUCUCAAACAUGGUGGACGAAGUGGGCAGAGACAGAAUCUAUGCACCGCGUUGUCUACGCCGCCUUCAUGAUGGAUGUAGUACAUGCCGCAAUGUUUGGGCAUGCGGCUGACAUGGCACCACACGAGAUCCGACUUCCGCUCCCUUGCGACGACCAGCUCUGGACGGCGGCGAGCGCUGAGUCUAUGCGCGAAAAGGACGCAAACCUGCGCAUGUAUGGGCUUCGACCCAUCUCUUUCCUUGACGGGCUCAAGCGCGCCGUCCACGCCAACGAAGUCCAGACACACAGCUUCGGCAGGAUGGUCAUUAUGUGCGGCCUGCUCAGCGUCGGCUGGCACCUGAGCCGAAGGGAGCCGCACCUCAAGUGGCUCGACCUCACAACACCUGGUAGCAGUGAGACAAGAGACGGGUGGCGGAAGACACUACUGGGUGCGUUUGACGAGUGGAAGAGAAGUUUCGACUGCGCUCAGGGAGGUGGUGCCGUCGGCGUGGGUGGCAUCCCCGCCUCGGUGGCGGGGGGUGGCAAGGCCACCGACACCAACAAUGGGCCCAUCCAGAGCGCAGCGGUACUAUACCGUCUCGCACACAUCAGCCUGCACGUCGACAUUGUUGACUGCCAAGUGUAUGCCGGGGCGAAACAACUGCUAGGCAGGAAGGUGUCAACACGGGAUUAUGUCAACGUCGUGGCGCGCAUGAAGACGUGGGCGGGUCUCCCGGCGACGAGGCAUGCGGUUCUGCACGCCUUCAAAUUGCUGUAUCAGGUCUUGGUCGACCAGAGGCAGCCUUUGGUCGCGGGCAGCGAGCUGCUGUCGGCUCCGGCUUCGUCAGCAUAUGACGGCCGUGGUGUUAGUAAUCAAAGCAACAGGCUGCCGCCAAUCAAGAUUUCAACGUACAGCUGCCGAAGUGAGGAUGAUCCGCACAGACCAUGGAUCAUGUAUUAUGCUACGCUGAGCAUCUGGGCAUUUGUGAGGGCGCUACGGAGCCGGGGUGGUGGUAAUGCCAGUGCUGAGCAUGCGACAACAGCGCCACUGCAAACACAGCUACAGCCACACACGGGCCUGUCGGGCACUGGUGGAUUUAAUCCCGUGGCGAAUUACAACAGCGUAGUGGCCUACCUGUCCGGGGUAGCGAGGCUGACUGAAUUGAGAGAAGAGGUUGCAAUGGGGCUUGGUGAGGGCCUCGGCGACUUGCUGGACUGCAUUUCCGCGAUCCUGAGUGAGGCGCACUCGGAGCUACUAAGGGAAGCAAGGCUGAGGUUGAGUGCCUGCAAGGGUAUGCAAGUCUGA